AUGGCGCCCGUCACUGAUCCAUUUCCUAUACCUGGCUUGGAGGGCUUGAUCUUGAAGAACUGUAGAUUCUUCAGUAGCACAGACACCGGGUUAUCUCUCAUAAUCGUCAAAGAAGCAGGCCAAUUCAAAGCCGUGGUCCUACAGACCAAGGAUAACUUCAGGGGCCCUCUUCUUGUCGAAACGGGACCGACCAUUUACUGGGCUCUUCACUCAUUGAUGGUCAAGUCGGCAGAGUCCGUGCAAAACUACAUCCAGACCAGCGGAUUCUCUAUCGUGCCCGGCGCCAGGGAAAAAUCCAAGGCCUCCAAAGAACCUCACGACUUCAGUGACUCUGAUCAUGGGUCCGCCGAUAACCAAGCACACGAUGACCACUCAGACACCUCCAGACCUUUGACAUACACCCGUCAGUCGGUCCCUGCGCCCUUACUACCCCAUGUUAAGAGGCAUAACAUGCCAUAUCAUAACCGUAUGAUGGGUGUGCCUGGUAUUAAGCCCCCUCCUCUGCCACCUCCACCGCCGGGGUGGCCGCUCAGGAAUAUGGGGUUGAAUGGUGGAAUUGGGAAUGGAGUGAGCCAUGUGCCUCCUCCUCCCCCUCCUCCUCCUCCGCCGCCUCCUCCCCCAGCCGGUCUUGCUAGCAUUGAAUCUGGGAGAGCACCCUAUGGGGCGUUGCAGCAACAAUACGACCGUUUUCAGCCCCAGAAUACGAGUUCUCAUGGACAAUCAAUGAGGCCGACGGACCAUAUUCGGCAUGUGCAAUUGCCGUCCCAGACACUUCCUACCACUACGGCUUUCCAGUCAGCACUGCCGGCUCUUUCAGCAAUCGGUGAUGCUGUACCUGGAAAUUCUUCAAGGAUAGAUACUCAGUAUCAGCAUCAUAUACCGCCACCCCCACCACCUCCCCCGCCCUUUCCACGAAUGUCUCGAGGAAUCAGCCACUUCUACGGCUCUGUCCCUUGGCACGUCGGGGGAUCCAAUCCAUACACCACCGUUGGAACCAUUCCUCCUCCACCGCCACCUCCACCACCACCACCUCCUCCUCCUGCUUUCAUUCAUAUACCUGCCUCUUGCUCAACCUCUUCCUCUUCCUCAGCAACAAUCACCGUAACACCCAAUGACUCUCCAGAUCUACCACCUGUUGGAUCCCCCCUUUCCCAAGGGACGUCUAGCACCGUCUCCUCAUCCUCUUCUGCCCCUUCCGCCUCUUCCGCAUCUUCUUCUCCCAAUGCCAAACACAACUCCAUCACCACCCCGUCCUCCUCUUCCCCAUCCUCCAACAGCGAUAAACAUGGAGAGACUAAACCACCAGCCCUAAUAACCAUCAUCUUCCCCUCCCACCUCGACCGCUCACAGCUCACGAUCCUGCGAUCUCUUCCCCACCUUACCGUGGCCUCGUCGAGAGAAAGAGGAAAGGGAAGCGGAAGUACGGAUCACCGCUGUCAGGGCUAUCUUGUCUGGUUCUGGGUCUAG